UACUCUCAUCAUCCAUUACAAGCCCGAGUGAGUCAUUCCUGCACUCAAUCUGCCAAACACAGCAGCUGAAGCAUAAUCGGCCAAGUAGUCAAGCGCACGUAGCAUGGCUUCUGACGGUCGCAAACAGCCGCCAUGGGUUCCCCCCCGGGCCCAACCCAACGCCCAGAUACCCCAGCUCAAGAUCUAUAACAGUUUAACGAGGACCAAAGAUGACUUUGUCCCAGUCGACCCGACAGGAAAGGUGGUGACGUGGUACGCCUGUGGUCCGACGGUGUACGAAGAUGCGCAUUUGGGCCAUGCAAAGAAUUACGUCUCGACCGACAUCAUCCGCCGCAUCAUGAAGGAUUACUUCGGUUUUAGUGUCAAGUUCGUUAUGAAUACGACCGAUAUCGACGACAAGAUCAUCCUCAAAGGUCGCCAGCAGUACCUGCUCGCGCGUUUCAAGCAACAGCAUGCCGCCGAAGACAACUCAGUGAGCGAUUCAGUUCUGGCUGAGACCAAAGCCGCAUUCCAGCACUACAUUGGCAAGAACCUUCCGUCCCUGCCCUCGGAUACGAGCCCAGAGAACUUUUCCGAGGAAGCAGACAAGGCAUACGAGGAAAAUGUAAAACCUCGCCCUCUAGCCGACGCCACGACAGCACAACAAGGCCAGGCUCUUACUGUUGCCGAUUUGCUGCUGAGAGCACACAUUGGAACAGCAAAGUCUGCUGCCGAGGCCCUGCAAGCUCCGGGAACGCUGCCUGAAUUCUUCGCCAAGGCAACCGAUGUUUUGCUCCCAUAUCUCGAUGUGUUGCAUGGCGCCGAGAUGGACUCCAACAACUACGAGAUAUACCUGGAGCUAACCCAGAAAUUCGAACGCCGCUUCUUCGAGGACAUGGAUGCGCUCAACGUUCUGGCUCCCGACAAGCUGACUCGUGUGACCGAGCAUCUCCCUCAGAUCGUUCACUUUGUUGAGAAGAUUGUAACGAACGGUUUCGGCUAUGCUACCCCUGACGGCUCCGUUUAUUUUGAUAUCGACUCGUUCGAGAAAGCCGGCCACAGCUACUCCCGGUUAGAACCGUGGAACAAGAACGACCGUUCCCUCCAAGCCGAUGGUGAGGGUUCACUGUCCAAGGGAAAGUCAAUGAAGCGGAGCGAGAGCCAUUUUGCGCUGUGGAAAGCUAGCAAGCCGGGCGAGCCAGCAUGGCCAAGCCCAUGGGGUCACGGGCGGCCAGGCUGGCAUAUCGAAUGCUCUGCAAUGGCCUCCGAAGUGAUUGGGAAGUCGAUCGAUAUCCAUUCCGGAGGCGUCGAUCUUCGUUUCCCUCAUCACGAUAACGAACUCGCACAAUCGGAAGCUUACUGGUCGACUCCAGGCUGCCAGGUUCAGUGGACAAAUUACUUUAUUCACAUGGGGCAACUGAGGAUUCGAGGCUUGAAAAUGAGCAAGAGCCUCAAGAACUAUACCACUAUCCGGUCUGUUCUUUCCCAGAGCGAGUGGACUGCACGCUCUCUCCGGAUAUGCUUCCUCCUCAUGCCUCGGCAGGAUGGUAUUGAAGUAACAGACGAGCUCAUGAAGGCCGUCGUCGGCUGGGAGGGCAAGCUCAACAACUUCUUCUUGAAAAGCUUGGACAUCUGGAAACAUAGUUCACAUCCCAUGACUACGAGGCAAGAGCCUAGCGCGGCAGACCAACAAUUACUGAACGCACUGGAGAAGGCAAAAGUCGAUGUCGACGCAGCUCUUCGCGAUUCUUCCAACACCUCCGCUGUCAUGAGAAUCCUAUCUGAUCUUGUUACCGAGUCCAACUCGGCAGAGGCACUCUCCGAUCAGACAAUCAUCUUGCUCGCCCGGUGGGUAACACGCAUCACCACCAUCUUUGGUCUGGAUCCCGAAGGGGAUCUUAACAACCCAGACCGCAUAGGGUGGUCGGGUCUCGACAUUCCCGCGCCAGCAAAACCCUAUGUCUACCCUGCAUCGCACUUACGCGACAAGGUUCGGACCCUGGCCUGUGCCGGCUCGGUCGAUCACGCAGCCAUAGCGAAGCUCGCCGUCGAGAUUUCGACUGCGGCGCCAACGCCAGUCAUCGAGUCCUCCAAGGAACCAUACCAUCAGGUGCUGCAUCGGUUCUGCAGCGACAUCACAGCCCUCACGGCCCAGCAAGCGCCCGCCAAAGACCUCCUCGCCCUGUGCGACCAGCUCCGCGAUGUACAUCUCUGGAACCUCGGCAUCUAUCUCGAGGACCGCAACAGCCCCCAACCUGCUCUAGUACGACCCUUGGAUAAGUUGCUCGUAGAGGCGCGCGCGGAGCAAGAAUCUGCUGGCGCUGCUAAAGCCAAGGCCAAGCUGGAGCAGGAGGCUAGGGAGGCUGAGGCGGAGAAGGAGAUGUGCGAGCGCGCCAGGGUCGAUCCCCUACUGAUGUUCAAGGCCUCGGCCGAAUAUUCGGAAUGGGAUGAAGACGGCAUCCCGACUGUGGAUGCAGCGGGGAAUGUUGUGUCUAAGAAUAGGCGGAAGAAGCUGGUCAAGGAGUGGGAGAAACAGAAGAAGAGGCACGAGGAAUGGUUGGCGAUGCAGCAGGCGGCGUAGAAAAGGGGCAUUGGGCAUUGUCUCUAUUCUCGGGUCAAGGUGACCCGCAACGACGUGUUAUUGAUGAGAUAGCUACAGGUAGGAAAGGAAGAAGCGUUAUGUGAAUACCUAGGUCCAGUAUGCUUUAGAAGUGUGAAACUCGGGGGCCCAUUAACGCUGGACCCUCUGGUUGAGCGA